AUAAGAAGAAAGAAAGAAAGAAAGAAAGAAAGAGAGAGAGAGAUGAAGAUAAAUUUGAAGGUGAGACUAUGAGAGUGAGAGAUACAAUGAUGAUGAUGGGAAGAUAUUCACUCUCCAUGAAACGAGCUGAGAAAAUAUCAUGAUAUUAAUCAGAAUAAGAUUGAGUAUGAUGAAUUUGAGACGACUCAGAGAUUUAUUUACAUGGUAGAAAGAGAGAAAGAGACUGAGAUGAAGAUGAAUAUCACCCUUGAAAUGAUCAUCGAGCAUAGAGGUUGAUACAAAAGUAGAAGGGGAAAAAACCCACCGUGGAAAAAAAAACAUCAACAUUAGUUUCAUGUAUUUAAUACUUUGUAUUGGUUAAGAUAAACUCUCAGUAACAUUUAUCCUCUUCAACGAUAAACAUCAUUAAUCAUAAAACUCUCUUAAUCUAAUUAGUUGUUUUUAAUUGUUUACAAUUGUAAUUGAAAUUUACUCAUCUCACACCUUUGAUUAUUUACUAUUUGUGAUUGUGUUUAACUGACCAACAACAACUAAAUUAAAAAUGACUCAAUUAACUAAAUUAAAAAUUGUUGUUCUCGGAGGUAAAGGAGUUGGAAAAUCAGCUGUCAUUGUCCGAAUACUAACUCGACGAUACAUUGGCGAGUAUCAAUCGAAUAUAGAUAUUUUAUACAAAAAGGAAUACAAUCUCGAUGAAUCUAUUGUACACCUAGAAAUAUUGGAUAUCUCAUCUAACAAAGGGAAUUCAAGCUCAACAUUUCAUGAUAAUAUACUUUGGGCCAAUGGCUUUGUUAUCCUUUAUGAUCUUUGUGACAAGUCAAGCUUUCAGGUAGCUCAACAAUACCUGGAGCUUGUCAAUUCAAUGAGAGGUUUUGUCCAUUCACCGAUUUUACUAUUAGCCAAUAAACGAGAUCUCGAACAGGGAAGGAAAGUGUCCUUAAUGGAAGGUCGAAAUCUCGCCGCCAAAUAUGGAGCUCAUUUUUUCGAGGUCUCAGCCGCUGAUUCAUAUGUUGGUGUUCAAGUUUCUUUUGAUGCCUUAAUCAGGGAAUUGGUGUCCAGUCGACUUCGGCGAUCAGCUCGAUCUCCAUCAUCUUCCUCCAAUUCUCAUUUAACAAAUUAUAAAAAGUUAAGCAUUGUAACCGUUUCAAAGGUUUUCGGUGCCGUUUUUGGUACUAAUAGUAACAACGGAAGUGCCAAUAGUUCAAACGGUAAACAUAAUUCCGAUAAUUCUGUUUACUAUUCAAAUAUUGAUCUAAUCAAUUCAACUCAACAACAAUGUUCAAACUCUGAUGGAAACAAUGGUGGAAAUGGAUCUAAAUCAAUUUGUCACCAGCAAUUAACUCUUCCCACCUCAACUACCAACAAUUCAACAAGAUUAAACUCACCAUCAACUCCAACCAAAAGUUCAGCUGAUCAUUUUAAUCAAUUCUUCAAUUAUGAUUCCAAUCAAAAUAAUUAUGCUAACCUAUUGGGUAACAACAAUAAGGAAAAUAAAUUCAAGAAAUGUGUCCCGCUAUUAAAUUCAAGGUCAUUUUGUAGGUCAAAAAAGUCAACCCAUGCGACCAUGAUCAAGGUAACUCGUAAAUCAAGUCCACCAAUACUAUCACUGUGAUUGUGUUAAUUGUUACAAUUUAGUUUAUUAACCUUGAUGCCUAAAUAAUCAAACAUGAACUCAAGAAACUUAUGAAUUAAUUUGACCACAAAAACUGAUCAGAAAUCGUCAAAACUUUUGUCAACAAUUAACUUUAAUACUGAUUACCCUUUUUCUUAUGAACAAUUAACUUUAAUUUGAACAAAAAUUAUUAAUAAUUAACUGUUUUAUUUAUCAGCAUAAAUUGAGUUGAUUUUUAUCACAAUACUAUUACUAUUAUUGUCUAAAUUUAAUUGUUUCAACUUUUUUCACUCGACUGUUUUUUUUACUAAC